AUGAAGCUGUACCACGAGAAGCAAGAAGCGUCGUUGUGCGGGGUCCACGCCGUCAACAGUCUGCUCCAGGGGCCGUUCUUGACGGAGGUGGACCUCGCGGACAUCGCGGCGGAGGUCGACGAGGAGGAGCGGAAGUUGAUGGCCGAGGGGGGCGUGGACGAAGAGAGCUAUCUGCGGUUCAUGGCAGAGGAGUCGAGCAACGUGCGGGAGGACGGGAUGUUCUCCGUCCAGGUGCUCGCGCGCGCUCUCGCGCGGUUUGGCCUGGAGUGUAUUCCGCUGCGCAGCCCGCGGGUGCGCGACACGGCAGGGAAGGCGCCCGAGGACGAACAGGCCUUCAUAUGCAACCUCUCCGAGCACUGGUUCACCGUCCGGAAGGUGUCGGACGGGUCCUGGUGGGACUUCAACUCGCUCAAACCCGCCCCGGCGCCAGUCACUGCGUUCUACCUGUCAGCCUUUCUGUCCUCCCUUGAAGAACAGGGUUAUACCAUUUUCGUCAUCCGGGGCGACCUGCCGGCGCCCGGCGGCCCUCCGGGUGCCGAGGCGGCGCGCACGCGCGGCACGUGGCUCACGCCUGACGAAGCGAAGAGUUUGAGCAAGGAGGCGGAGGGGGCGCGGCACCGCAGCCGCGUGGCGGCGGUGAUGCAUAACGUGCUGGCACGCGCGGGCCAGGGGCAGAAGCUGUCGACGGGGAGCGGCGCAGGGAAGCCGCCUGCGUUCGCGGACGACGCCGACGACGACCUGGCAGCGGCGAUUGCUGCCAGCGUCGCCGACGUGGGCGGCGCGGGGACGGUCGGCGGCGGCAGCGACGACGACCUGGCCCGCGCGAUUGCGGAGUCACUGAAGGAGCACGCGCCGUCGCAGCAACAACCGCAACAACCGCCUGUCGCGAAAACGGCCACGCGGGAGCUGCUGGAGAACGCGGGCCUCCCGCCAGAUGACUCGGAGCUCGCGAAGGCGAUUGCGAUGUCCCUCGAGGCGCACGCUGCCGCCCCGGCGGCCGCCGUCGAGGCCGGAGUCAGGCAUCACAGCCCCCCUGAUCGCGGCGCCGCGCCCGCUGCACCGCGCCGGUCCGACGGCCCGCAGCUGCACGUCGUGGUUCGCCUGCCCUCGGGCUCGCGCGAGCAGAUCGAGCUGGGGAGGAGCGCGGGGCUGGCGGAGCUGUGCGCGGCGUUGUCGCGACUUGGCGUGGACGCGGAGCGGCAUCGCGUGUCGAAGUCGUUUCCGCGGCAGGUGCUGUCCGGAAGCGGCGCCCUGGUGGACAUGGGCGUGCAGGACAGGGAGGUGCUCAUCGUGGAGCGCCGCUGA